UCGUCCUACCGAGUGUUAAUAAACAAUGAUGUUUUUGGCUUGUCGAUUACCGUGACCUGCACGGUUCUGAAUCUUCUUAAAACGGCAGCCAUUCUUAUUGGAUCCUCGAAAAUAGAUAUCCACCACUUCGCGCCCAAUAAACUUCAGAAUUAAGCUCGUUUAACCUUGUAGUUAAACACGGCUCGUUAACGAGAAUACACUGCGUGAGGCCGCCUAAAUACGCUGUUGAUUUAGUUUUAUUCAUAAUCUCCAUUCGUGAUUGUUUCUUUCUACACGGAAUGACUGCUGAACUUACGGCCAUCGAAAUUGUUGUUAUUUGAUUAAUCUCCUAUGCCACGCUCGCUCUCUCUUUCUCUCUCUCUCUCUCUCUUUCUCUUUCUCUUUCUCUUGCCUUUCACUUCUAUAGCGCGUGCGCUUCUCUUCUGUGUACGUCAAGAGCUUAUCAUUUACUCAUUGUUAGUCUUUUCUCCGUAUACAUAAGUAGUACAGCAAAUCGUAACGAGAGGACGAGAAGUGGGGGAGAAUCACAUAUCUCGUACCACCUCUUUUUAAAAUUCUUUUCCAUUUGACUCUCCACAUAUCUCGUCGAGUGACUUCGUUACUCUUCGACUGUGCUUUUUACAAAACGAAUUUUCUUCAACAACAGUGUUUCGCAGAUGUCUUUUUCAAUGGAUAUUGAUAAAGAGGAAAACAGUACAGAAGACUUUCAACUGGAGAUGCAAAGCGACAUGGAUAAACCAGAUUUCAUGGAUACGAAUUAUCAAGAAAAAGAUGAUGUUCUGUAUAAUGAGGAUGGCACUCAAAGUAUAGAGUCAAACAUUGAUCAAAACAGUCAUGAAAAGAUGUUUGAUCAAAGUCAUUGUAAUGAUACAAUGGAAGAUGAUGUUAAUCUUCUAAAUGCUGCUAUCGAUGCAGUUAAUGGUUUGGUCAGCCAGGAAGCAGAAUCUAAUGCUGAUGACAUUGUAACCAAUGAUGAUUUAAGACAAUUUGACGUGUUGGAUGAUCUAGAAAGACAUCCAGAUCAAAAUUGUUCAGACAUGGACUCUGAUACAAACGAGAGCAUGGAUUCUGAUGUACCGGAUGAAGAAAUCGAAGCUAUGCUUGAAGAAGGUUUACCAGAAGAAUUUAAAGGAAAGAGGAAAGACAAGAAAGAUAAUAUGCCAUAUGAAGAGAAGGAGAAACUUGUUUUAGAUGGUAAGCUAAAUAGUUUCACAGAAAAAUUUAUUUCAAAUGAAAGCACUAAUUAUAAUAAUCAAUUAUUUCUUUUAGAAAUUGGACAUAAUCAUUUUGACGUCUUGCCCGAAGGUUGGGUACAAGUAACGCAUAACAGUGGAAUGCCACUGUAUUUACAUAAACAAAGCAGAGUUUGUACAUUAGCCAAACCAUAUUUUCUUGGUCCAGGAAGUGUAAGAAAACAUGAAGUGCCUGUUAGUGCGAUACCUUGUCUUCAAUACAGAAGAGCAUUGCAUGAAGAGGAAGAAGAAAAGAAGAAAGAAAAAGAUCGCGAGCCCUCUGCCGAAGUUUGUAGUCUUCCUAGUGCAAAAAUAGAGACUAUUCAAGAGAACCGAGCGGCUCAUUCUUUAGACAGCGAACAACUUAGAAAUUAUUGUCAAUCACUCUUCCGUUUUAAAGCCAUUAAAGUAAUGAGAUUUCAGUCGUGGUCUGCCCGUAGGAAGUUUACAAAAAAUAAAAAACAUCGUAAGCAAUUGGAACGUCCAACUUUGCCCGAUGGUACAAAGUUAAUAACAUUCCCAGUUACGAGUACGGGAAUGACGGGAAGCAGUGGUAAUACAACAGGAGAAGAUAAUGGUACGCAAAGACCGUCGAAACAUUGGAUAAUGAAUCCAUCUGGGAAAAGUUAUGUUUGUAUUCUUCACGAGUACGUACAACAUGCCUUAAAGAAACAGCCAACAUACAAAUUUAAGGAACUAGAAAAUGCAGCAACACCGUAUUCCGCAGUAGUUUGUAUUAAUGACAUGGAAUACGGCAGUGGUUUUGGUAGUAGUAAGAAACAAGCAAAAGCUAAUGCAGCACGGAAAACUCUUGAAAUAUUGAUUCCACAAAUGAGAGAUAAGAUCUCUGGAGAGAAUGGUGAUAAUGGUUCUGGUAAUUCUAGUCGAACGAUUAAAGCAUCAAGAGGAAAUUCUGAUGCAGAUUUGUCAUUUUUCGAUGAGAUCUCAAUAACGGAUCCACGGGUAGCAGAAUUUUGUGCUAAAACGACCGAACCAUCUCCUCAUGCAAUUUUGAUUACUUGUCUUCAAAGGAAUUAUGGUUUAGGGGAUAUGCAUAUUAAUUAUUCCGUAAAUACAUUGAAACACCAACGUAAUGAAUUUACAAUGCGUGUUGGAAAACACGAGGCUACAGUUGUAUGUCGUAACAAGAAAGAUGGAAAACAAAGGGCAGCUCAGGCAAUUUUACAACUAAUGCAUCCACACAUUCAAUCCUGGGGUUCCUUGUUAAGGUUAUACGGAUCACGGAGUGUAAAAUCCUUUAAAGAAAAAAAACAAUUAGAACAAGAAAUAACAUUGUUGCAAGGAAAGGCAGCGGUUAAUCAACCGAAUCAUGCAAUAUUAGGUAAACUUAGACAAGAAAUGCGUAAACUAGCUGAACAACAUAAAGCAAUACAACCUAUCGGUAAAUUUGUACCAUUAGAUUUGCCCACUGGUUCUUCAGCUAAUUUAAAUAAUGUAGAUUUGUAGUAUACUAGUCAAAUUUAGGAAAGUCUAUUGAUAUACGAAAAAAAUAUAUUAGAUUGAUUGAUUUUAGCAAAAGAAAAAAAAAAAAAAAAAAAAAAAAAGGAAAAAAAAGAAAACAAGAAAAAAGAAAAAAAAAUAGGCUACAUAUACGAUCGAAAUGUAUCAUGAAAAAAAUAUAAAGGUUCUCUUUUAACAGUUCUUGUAUUAUAAGCAAACGUGAUAUAUAUAUAUAUAUAUAUAUAUAUAUAUAUAUAUAUACACCAUACA